AUGACAGCACCUGAAUUUCAUAACAAGGUGAUUUAUGAAAACAGUAGAAGCUUUGGAACUGUGUUCAAAUCCAAGUGUAAAGAAACAUUCUUUCCCGACGAUCCAUUUCGCUGGUUGAAGAAUGAGCCAUGCACUCGUCGAACCAGGAAAACGAUUAAAUAUUUCAUUCCCAUAUUCGAAUGGCUGCCAAAAUAUAACUUUGGUCUGUUCAAGUAUGAUCUUCUUGCUGGUAUCACCAUUGCCACCCUUGCAAUACCACAAGGCAUCAGCUACGCGAACCUCGCCAGACUUCCUCCAAUUAUUGGCCUUUACUCAAGCUUUGUGCCCCCUCUUAUCUAUGCUGUUUUUGGGAGUUCAAAAAAUCUAGCAGUAGGAACAGUUGCAGCUUGUUCAUUGCUCAUAGCAGAAACAAUAGGAGAAAAAGUAUCUCCCACUGAAGAUCUUAAAUUGUACCUAGGUCUUGUAUAUACAGCCACUUUUUUCUCUGGUUUGCUUCAGACAGUUAUGGGAGUAUUAAGACUGGGCAUUUUGGUAGAUUUUCUUUCACAUUCAACUAUCUUGGGCUUCAUGGGUGGCACAGCACUACUUAUCUGCCUGCAGCAACUCAAAGGAAUGCUUGGGUUGCAUCAUUUUACUACUAAAACUGGUGUAGUUCCUGUUUUACAUGCCGUGUUCAGCCAUAGAGACGAGUGGAAAUGGGAUUCCUUUGUGAUAGGUGUGAUAUUUCUUGUCUUCCUCCAAAUCACAAGAUAUGUGAAAAAUAAGAAACCUAAAUUAUUUUGGGUGUCAGCCAUUGCUCCAAUGGUGGUUGUCGUUGCUGGAUGCCUUUUUGCUUAUUUUACUCAUGCAGAGAAACAUGGCAUUGCAAUUGUGGGUAAUCUCAGCAAAGGAAUAAAUGAUCCAUCUAUUCAACUUCUAAACUUUGAUCCAAAGUAUAUAUCUGCACCUCUAAAAACUGGAAUUAUCACUGCUUUGAUAGCUCUUGCUGAAGGGAUAGCAAUUGGAAGAAGUUUUGCCAUUGCAAAAAAUGAACAGAUUGAUGGUAACAAGGAGAUGAUAGCCUUUGGCCUCAUGAACAUUGUUGGAUCUUUCACGUCGUGCUAUUUAACCACUGGGCCAUUUUCAAAAACUGCUGUAAAUUACAAUGCUGGAUGCAAAACAGCAAUGUCAAAUAUAGUAAUGUCAUUGUGUAUGCUGCUGGUGCUUCUCUUCUUCGCGCCUUUAUUUAGUUAUACGCCUCUGGUUGCACUUUCUGCCAUUAUCAUGUCAGCAAUGCUUGGGCUUAUCGAGUACGAAAAGGCUUAUCACUUGUUCAAGACAGACAAAUUUGAUUUCCUAAUUUGCAUCAGUGCUUUUCUGGUUGUUUCUUUCAUAGGCAUGGAAACCGGACUCAUGAUUUCGGUGGGACUAGCUUUAAUCAGAGCACUGUUGUACAUAGCAAGGCCUGCUUCGUGCAAGCUCGGAAAAAUACUAGACACGAAGUUGUAUCGCGACGUAGAGCAAUAUCCUUGUGCAACUGGGAUUCCAGGGAUCCUAAUUCUGAAGCUUGGUUCCCCUAUGUACUUUGCAAAUUGCAGUUAUUUAAGUGAAAGGAUAGCAAGAUGGGUUAGAGAUGAACAAGAACUCACAGAAUCUUCAGGAAAUGUCAUUGAAUUUGUAUUACUAGAUUUGGGAGGUGUGACGGCAAUCGACAUAAUGGGAGUGGAAACGUUUGUUGAAGUGAGAAAAAAUUUAGAAACAAAAGGAAUCAAGAUGAUUUUAAUAAAUCCAAGACGAGACGUAAUGGAGAAGUUGAUUGUUACUAAAUUCAUCGACAAAAUUGGGAAGGAAAACGUGUUUCUAUCAACAGAGGAUGCCAUUGAUGCCUGCAAUUUUUCUCUAAAUAGUUCAAAAGAAGUCAAAGAAGAAGAUUUGUAG